AUGGCCUUCGCUGGAAAAUGGGAACUUGAGAGCCAGGAGGGAUACGAUGAGUUCUGCAAGCUGCUCGGUAUCCCUGGCGACAUCAUUGAGAAGGGCCGCGAUUACAAGAUGAUCACAGAGGUCACCCAGGACGGUGGAGACUUCAGCUGGACCCAGGUCUACCCCACGAACGCCAAGGUCACCAACAAGUUCACCAUCGGCAAGGAGUGCGACAUGGAGACCAUCGGAGGAAAGAAAUUCAAGGCCACUGUGCAGAUGGAGGGAGGCAAGAUCAGCGUGACCUUCCCCAACUACUACCACACCUCUGAGAUCUGCGGAGGCAAGCUCGUUGAGACCUCCAAAGCCGGCUCUGUAGUGCUGAAGAGAACCAGCAGGAAGCUGUAA